CUUGGGCUGAUAAUUAUAUUAAAGGUUGUCUAGAUGGUCAAGAAAAUAAGCUUUCUCUUUUAGUAUUUGACUCAUUUAAGGCACAUCUUACUAAUCCAGUUAAGGCAAAGUUAUAUGAAAACAAUAAUGAUCUGAUU